AUGUUCUCGACUCUCACUAUCCAUCAAGCAGCGAUCGUGUUCGGCGCGGUGGUUUCCUUCACGGCCCUUGUUCAUGGUCUCCCUGCAGACGCGAGCAACGGAUAUAUAUCUGACCGAAGCGCGGUGGUAGCUGAAUCACACUCGCUCAACCCACGAAUCGACAUUCCACCUGCGCUUGCCGGAUUUCCAUCAGGCCCACUGAACGAGUUUCUGAGACUCAUCAGCACUCUACCGGAAGGCGCAGCUGCGCUCGAUGCGGUUGGAUUGAUCUUGACGCCCCUGCAACAAGGCCUGGCUGAUGCAGUCGGAAUCGACACAACGAGAGAUGACUUGGCACAGAACGCUGCCUGUGCUGAUGUCACAGUUGUGUUCGCCCGGGGAACGACCGAACCAGGGAACGUUGGGCUGGUGACAGGCCCACCAUUCUACGACGCUCUAAAGGAGCAACUGGGGAGCAAGUCUCUUGCCUUUCAGGGCGUCGAAUACCCCGCUACUUUUGCUGGGUUCAACAAGAACGGCACAGACGGUGUUCCAAGCAUGACCGGCUUUAUCAACCAAGCACUCACGGACUGCCCUGAUACCAAGUUGGUCAUGUCUGGCUACUCCCAGGGCGCCCUUGUCUUGCGUAGCACUGCCAAUUCACUCCCUGCGGACACAAUGGCCAAGGUCAACUCGGUAGUCACUUUCGGAGAUCCAGGGAAUCCGGAUGCCAUUACCGGCGCGGAGGGCAAGACCUUGAUCAUCUGCCACGAGAACGAUGCCGUGUGCAAGGGGGGCUUUAUCACGGUUGACCACUUGACAUAUGCUGAUAAUGCAACCACGGCGGCCCAGUUCGUUGUACAGAAAGCUGGAGCGUAA